AUGGGAGGCGUUGAGGCUAAUCAACCACCAUCAAAACGCAUAAAAGUGAAACGAUCGUCGUCGUCGCCUAGUGAUAUUAUUGAAUCUUCCGAUCUUGACUCUCCAAUGGCUGAAUCCCUAGCCGAUGAUACAAUCGGCUACAAGGGAGUUAGGAAAGUCGAAUUCGUGAGAUUGGUUGCCGAGUCAUUACAUUCUCUUGGGUAUAAAAAAACUAGUGAAUAUCUCGAGAAAGAAUCAGGCAUUACUCUUUCUUCAUCUGAAGUUACUGAAUUCACCCAACAGAUUCUCGAUGGUAAUUGGGAUGAAAGCUUAAAUUCAUUGAGAAAAAUAUCCGGUCUGGACGAAUCUGUUGUCAAAUCAUCGUCGUUUGUUAUCUUAGAGCAGAAGUUUCUUCAACUUUUGAAUGAGCACAAGGUAGAAAACGCUCUAAGCGCAUUAAGAAAUGAAAUAUCGCCUCUUUCGAUAAACGUGAAUCGUAUUUGUGAGCUUUCUUCCUUCUUGUUGUUAUCUAAUCAAAGAACGAUCAAACCGAAGCCCAGAUCAGAGGUUCUCCGUGAUUUACAGAAGUUAUUUCCCCCAAAUGUUAUGAUCCCAGAACUCCGACUGCUACAUUUAGUAGAACAAGCCGUAGACCUGCAACGUGACUCUUGUUCGUUUCACAAUUCUUUAAACGGGGACACAUCAUUAUUCAUCGAUCAUAACUGUGGAAAAGGUCAGAUUCCCUUGCACACAUCACAGAUUCUAUGCCAUCAUCGCGAUGAAGUCUGGUUCUUGGAGUUUUCUCACAACGGUAAAUUCUUGGCUUCAUCUUCCAAAGAUAGAUCCGUAGUCAUAUGGGAUGUUGAUCUUGAUGGCAAACUCAAAAUUAAAUACGAAUUAUUGGGCCACAAGCAAUCAGUCUCGUGUGUUUCAUGGAGUCCCUGUGACAAUCAGCUCCUCACAUGUGGCGUCGAGGAGGUGGUGAUGCGGUGGGACGUGUUUUCCGGCAAAGUACUAUAUGUUUAUGACAAAAAUGACCUCGGAAUGAUCUCAUGUGGGUGGUCUCCGGAUGGUCAAAGGGUAUUCACGGGAAUUAACGAUAAAAGUAUCACAAUGUGGGAUUUAAACGGGAAUGAGUUGGAAUCUUGGAAGGGGCAAAAAACGCUUAGGAUUUCUGAUUUACAAAUAACGGGCGAUGGGAAGUUUAUAAUUUCAAUUUGUCGGGAAACUAUGAUACUCAUAUUCAAUAGAGAAUCAGGAGACGAACGAUUAAUAAAAGAAGAUCAUAACAUAGUUUCCUUCUCUUUAUCAAAGGACAACAAGUUCUUACUGGUGAGUCUGGUGAAUCAAGAAAUACAUCUAUGGAGUAUCGAAGCAAGUAUACGGAUUUUGGGCAAGUAUAAAGGUCAUAAAUGUUCAAGAUUUGUGGUUAGGGCUUGUUUUGGUGGACUUGGGGAAGGAUUUGUAGCUAGUGGGAGUGAAGAUUCUCGGGUGUUUAUAUGGCAUAGAGAUACGGGUGAUGUCAUAGAGAGGCUUGAAGGUCAUUCUGGAGCUGUGAACUGUACUAGUUGGAACCCGGUGAACCCACAUAUGUUGGCAUCGGCUAGUGAUGAUCGAACCAUUCGUAUAUGGGGUCUGAACCAUGUAGAUGUGAGCAUGUUAAAUGCACAUGCAUUGAUAGAAGUCGACGAAUCGUAUGUUUCGGAUUGA